UUUUGUCGUAGCGUAUUCUUUUGCAUGUAAUAUACGGUAUAGCCUAUGCUUUCAUUUUUUUUGGACCAAACAGAAGCCAGCCUAGGCUACUUGGUUUCCUAAUAAUAUAAUAUCAAACGAGGAAAAUUUGAAAUAUUUGACGGAUACAGCUGUUUCUCGUGCCGCGUUCACGUGCUAGUCAGAACUAGGAAACACAUUUCCGACUCGUUGAACGGGGCACUUGUAUAACUAACCAGUUAGCGAGUCUGACAUUUCAGAGUUUCCUGGUUCCGAUAAGCACGUGAACGCGGUAUCAGUCAAAAGGACAAGCGUGUGUUCAGACAGUCUUGUCAAGCUUCUCCGCUACUUCUCCGCCUGAUGACCAAUGGACAGGACAUCCACUUCAUGGGUCAUCACGACGAAGUGCCGGGAGAUAUGCGCGUUAGCCUGCUAGUCGGAACUAGGAAACUCAGAAAUGUCCGAUUAGUUAGCUAACUGAUUGAACGCGGCACGUUUAUGACUACAACCAGUUAGUAAGUUGGACAUUUCAAAUUUCCCCAGUUAUGACUGGCACGUGAACGCGGCAUUAGCCAGGUGCAGAGUCAUACAGUGUGUGUGUGUGUAUAUAUCUCUGGUUAGGUGCACCUUCACCUCAGUAGAUGGCGGUACUUACUUGUAAACGUCAUGGACACCUGUUUCAGAGAUUAGAGCAAGAUGGCUCCAUGGGAACCAGGAAGUAAAUAAAUGUCAUUGAAGAGAUUGAAGCAGAGACUCAACAGAGCCUCGAGAAGAAGAUAAAUUAUGACAAUUUAAAAACGUUUGCGAUACUAAAGACAACAUGAUCCUGAGAGUGUUUUUCCCACCACCAGUGUAACGAGUUGGAAAGAAGACUUCCCGCCCGAGCAUUGAUGAAGCCCGAAAGUCAUAAUGAAGCGUAGAGGUAUCUAAAAACAACUGGAGCCUUGCAACCACCUAUUGCUUGAAGUGUGCAUUUUGAAUGAUUGUUUUCAACCCAGGUCUGUCUCAGCACUGAGGGGAAUGCUUCCACCAGAGGGUUCUGGUCCUAACCCUAACCACUGGGCCCUCUCAGAGUUAUUGGGCCAGCGGAGGCUUGUGGUGUUGGGGGUGCUAGUAGCAUGGAUGGUCCUCUUCCACCUCCUGGUYAACGUGUGGCUCCUCUGUCUCUUCACCAGCCUGCUGGUGGUCCUGGGUGGCUGGCUYGGGUCCCGCGCUGCCCUGGAUGCCAACAGCUUGCUACACCUGGAGCACUUCGUCCCCCUGGGUAGAUCACAGCCGGCCCUCCACWCGCCUGAGAGCGAAUGGAGGCUGGACCACGAGAUCCACAGCGCUGUGCAUAAAGCCAUCCGAGACUUUGUGUCGUCCUGGUACCACACCAUGCUGACCGAGGAGGAGGGGCUGGGGGAGUUUGAGCACAUUAUGCGSGACGCCAUGUUGGAUUCAGUGAUGGAGCUGAAGGAGAGGGCUCGGUGCGUGGACAGGAGAGCGCUGGUCCAGAGGACCUUGGAGCUGUGUGGCUGCCACCUGCAGAGCUAUAUGACAGCCAGGGAGAUGAUGACGCAGGCAGAGGCACGGCUGGGGAUGCAGGACAGAGACCGCUCCAGCACCCCCAGCCUGUGGGAGUUGUAUAGCCAGGCAGAUGCCCCCCACCCAGCCUUGGCUAGUCCAGCCACGGAGCUCAGCUAUUCCCGGGCCGUAGUGGACCUCCUAAUGCAAGUCCUGGUCCCGUUCCCUCACCUGGAGACCAGGACAGGGAGAUACAUGGUGGGGGAGUUGAUCACCUGUAACGUCCUCCUCCCACUGGUCAGUAGGGUGUCCGAUCCUGACUGGCUCAAUCUCACCAUUGUGGACUUGUUCACCAAAGCCAAAGAAUCACCGGAUGAGUCCCUCGAUGAGCUCCCUGAUACUCUAGUCCAGCUGCACAGGAGUCAGACCCAGCAGGAGCUCUGGACUCGGAGCCGUUCUACCUCCUGGCUCCAGACUCCGAGAGACCAGAACGAGUCCAGCAACAGCCCCACUCCUCCCAAGCCAGCCACUCCAGACUCCCUGGAAUCCAUGGAGUCCUACCAUACGGCAGUGCCAGAUCUGAAGGAGGAAACACGGCAGUACUGUGGGGCGAUCCUGCCAAUGCCAUGCAUUGGUUCAUCGAUCAAAAUAAACAGUUGUCAUGUGUCUAUGGAUCUGCUGAGGUCCUGCAGCGGUGGCAGCCGCCUGUAUCAGGGUGUGGACUCGGACCUGGAGUCCCCAUCGACAGAAUCCAAUCAGCUCUCUGUGGAGUCCCUAGACCAGAUGGACUCAGAGGAGGACCAGACAGACAGCUUCUGUGACUGUACCUCCCCUACCAACUUCUGCAGUGUGUUUGAAGACGAGCCGCCUGGAUGCUUCGGCAACUUGAAGGUCCUGGGACCCAAGGUGUCCGAUCAGCCCCAUUGGCCAGCGGGCAUGGCGGAGGAGCUGCACCCACGCUGCCCUGUCCCUCCGGGGAGGCUGUGUCUGACCCCCUUCAGCUUCGAACCCCUCAGCAGCCCAGAUGGACCCGUCCUUAUCCAGAACCUGAGAAUCACUGGUGCUGUGACAGCCAAGGAGCAUCGCAGCACCGGCUCACACCCCUAUACUCUGUACACCGUAAAGUAUGAGACAGUGGUUGACUCAGAGAGCCUAGGUACUCUACAACCUGUAGCCUAUCACACUGUGAACCGGCGCUACAGCGAGUUCCUCCACCUGCAGACACGCCUGGAGGAGAAGCCUGACCUCAAGAAGAUGAUUAAGAAUGUCAAGGGACCCAAGAAGAUUUUCCCUGAUCUUCCAUUUGGAAACGCAGAUAUUGACAAGGUGGAAGUUCGAAAAGGACAGCUGGAUACCUUUCUUAAACAACUGUGUACCAUCCCUGAGACGGCCAACAGCGACGAGAUGCAGGAGUUCCUGGCUCUUCACACAGACGCCAGCACAGCCUUCGAGAAGAAACCAUUUGUUAUGUCCAGGAUUGAUAAGAUGAUGGCAAAUGCUGUAGACACUCUGAAGACAGCAUUCCCUCGUGCUGAGGAUGACCUGGAUGUAGAGCCUGCUGAUGCGAGGAAUGCCCCAGAAGGAAGGAAGAGGUCUGUCCGGCUGAGGUUCUCCAGUAAAGUCGCCCCUACUCUCAAUAUACCUGAAAUCCAGCCCAAAGUCAUAUACUGCUUCAAUGAAGGGAGCACUGUGUUCCAUGGCCUGUCCCUGUCUGGUCUGGAGGGCUUUAUAAAGGACCAGGAGGCUCUGCUCUAUGCUCCCCAGGAGAAGGAGGCUGACGAGAGGAGGUUCAGCGUGCUACCUGGCAAAGACAGGAAGGGAGGUGGGGGUCGGGAGAGAAAACCUCGGGGGACAGACACGGCCGUGGCAGACGUAGCUCUGAGCAUCCUGUGUCUGCUGAUGAAGGACCAGUGGAGCUGGCUGUGCACUGAGAACAUACAGAAGACCAUCAGACUGCUGUUUGGCACCUUCAUUGAGAGGUGGCUGGACGUGGGCAUGGCCCACCUGACCAGUGCUCCCUGCUGGGUGAUCUACCUCCAGGUGAUGCAGGAGGCAGUGUGGCCCGGGGGUGUCCUCCCUGAUGGGCCCCGUCCUGACCGCAGCCUCAUCCAGAGAGAAGAGACCAGGCAGCAGUGUCUGCACUGCCUCACACAGCUACUACCAGACCUGAUUGCUGACAUGCUGGGUUCUGAGAAGUACAGGGUGAGCUGGGAUAUGGCACUGGCGUCUCUGCAGGACCCUAACAUCAACCGGCACCUGAUCUACUGUAUAUGUGACCUGCUGUUGGAGUUCCUGAUUCCAGAGUCUUCAGAGGAAGGCUUUCAGAGAUCUCUACUACACAGUCUCUUUGGGGACGAAGAGAGGCUUUCUGCUUCAGCUUGACGACACACCAACACACAACCCCUCUCUCUGCUCCCCUGUCACUAUCUACUACCCUCUACCCCCUCCCAUCCUGGCUGGCUCAUCACUAUGGUAACCACGGUCCUGCUGGGUUCAUCAGAAUGGGACCAGAGCUUUACUGGAGCUUCUCAUGACGUCAGAGAAGAGAGGCGAGGAACGCUGGGAGGAGGAAAAGGGCUGGGGAGAUAGGAGGGGUGGGAAAUGGGCUCAUGAACUCCUUACACUUUAUAGGCAACGCUCUAAAAUGACUGAUGACACUUGAUUGAAUGUAUUCUGAAGGCACUGUGUUGGUGAUUGUGCUAAUAUUGUGUUUUAAUUAGAUGCUUGUGUAGAGAAACACAUUUAUGUAAAUAUGUAUGUACAGUAUAUGCAGUAAUUAUUUUAUGUGUUUAUUUAUAUGUAAAAUGCAGUAUUUGUGAUAUCAAUAGAUAUACAGUGGGGUCUGAAAUUAUUGAUACCCUUGAUAAAGAUGAGCAAAAAUGACUAUAUAAAAU